AUGGCUACUACUUGUUGUAUCCCAAUGAUCGAUAUGCAAAAGUUUCCAGGAGAAUCUGGGAAACUAGUAGCAGCAUGUGAGGAGUGGGGAUGUUUUAGGAUCAUCAACCAUGGCAUUCCCGCCACUAUGCUGUCUGAGAUGCAGUUCAUUUCCCGAUCUCUCCUCGACCUCCCCGUGGAAACCAAACGCCUGUACGGUGAGGCGGUGGGUGGCAAGGGGUACAGUCCACCUCUUGAGGCCAGUCCUCUUCUUGAGGGAUUGGACGUUUACGACAUGGCCUCCCCUGGAGCUGUCAAUGCCUUGUGCUCUCACCUUCAUGUCUCUCCUCACCAAAGGGAGACAAUAAUGAAGUACACUGCAGCUAUACAUGAGCUGGCCAUGACACUUGGAAGUAGGUUGGGAGAGAGUAUGGGGUUUUGCAGUGAUUUGUUCAAGGGAUGGCCAUGCAGAUUUAGAUUAAACAAAUACCAUUUCAGUCCUCAAACUGUAGGAUCAACUGGUGCUCCGAUGCACUCGGACGCCGGAUUUCUGACCGUAGUACAUGAUGAUGAAAUAGUUAAUGGUCUGGAAGCCGUGGACAAGAAGACUGGUGUACUUUUCCCCAUCGAUCCAAUGCCAGGGACCCUCCUUGUCAAUGUUGGUGACCUUGCUAAGGCAUGGAGCAAUGGAAGAUUUUGUAAUGUGAAGCAUAGAGUACAAUGCAACGAAGGAACAAUACGAACAUCAAUGGCCUGCUUUGUGUUAGGACCAAAGGAGGAGAAAGUGGAAGCACCACCUCAGUUGGUGGAUUCUGACCACCCGCGUCUCUUUAUUCCUUUUACUUUUCAAGAAUAUAUAAAUCUCCGGAUCUCCACCAGAUCACCAACUGGUGAAGCUCUUCAGCUUUUGCAAACCGCCUCCUCUUGA